UGUCUUGGUGAGACUGGAAGGAUGCAGCCAUCCCGUUGUUAUGAAAGGCUUGUGUGCAGAAUGUGGCCAGGACUUGACUCAGAUACGAAGCAAGAAUGGAAAGCAGAAUGUGCCAUUAUCCACAGCAACUGUAUCUAUGGUUCACAGUGUCCCAGAACUGAAAGUUAGCUCUGAGCAAGCUGAGCAGCUAGGAAGAGAAGACCAACAGCGACUACAUCGAAAUCGAAAACUGGUGCUGAUGGUAGAUUUGGACCAGACAUUGAUCCAUACUACAGAACAGCACUGCCAACAAAUGUCUAACAAGGGAAUAUUUCAUUUCCAGUUAGGUCGAGGUGAGCCUAUGUUGCAUACUCGUUUGCGUCCUCAUUGUAAGGAAUUCCUGGAAAAAAUUGCCAAGCUGUAUGAAUUACAUGUUUUUACUUUUGGCAGCAGACUGUAUGCACAUACAAUUGCAGGAUUUUUGGACCCUGAAAAGAAGCUUUUUUCCCAUCGGAUAUUGUCAAGGGAUGAAUGUAUUGAUCCAUUUUCUAAAACUGGGAAUCUUAGAAAUCUCUUCCCAUGUGGGGAUUCCAUGGUUUGCAUCAUUGAUGAUAGAGAGGAUGUUUGGAAGUUUGCACCCAAUUUGAUAACUGUGAAGAAAUAUGUAUACUUUCAGGGGAUAGGAGAUAUUAAUGCACCUCCUGGAUCAAGAGAAAUUCAAAUGAAGAAGAAAGUAAACCACUCUACAAAACCAGACGCGCUUGUUUCAGCAGUGACAUCAGCAAAGGAUGCUGAAGAAAUAAAAAAUGUUACAUGUAUAGAAGAACAAAGCAAUGGUCUCAAGAAAGCUGCAAAGGACACUUGUACUGCAAAUGGAAGUAUUUCUGUAAGCAGUGAAACGUCUGACUGGGAUAUGAACUCUCGUGAUAAAGUUAAUGCCCAGGACUCCUUAAAUGAUAACACUGAUCACAAAAUGGACAGUGAGGUCACUUAUGGUUUGACAAAUACAAAAGAAUCUCAGACUUUUUCAGAACAAGUUGAUAAAACAGUGAUAGAGAAGCAGCAAACCCAAGACAAGACAACAAAUGAUUUGGACUUUGAACUAUCUAGUGACAGUGAAAGUGACGGUGGAUUGGAUACCAGAAAGUCAUCUACUUCUGUAUCAGAUAGUGAGAACGAGGAAAAAAGGAGCUGGAAGAAAUCCAAACAACCUCUGCAGGAUGAGAAUUUGCAGAAAGGGAGUUGCACUGAUGUGAGUGAAAAAAAGGAUGGUCUGGUGAACCAUUCUGGGGACACGCAAUCUCUACCUAGUGAAAAUAUUCAUGACAAAACUGAUCUUGAAGCACAAGAAGAAAGUGAACAGGAAAGCCUUUGUGAUUUAGGAAAUGGGUGUGCAGACAAGAAAGAAGCUGAAACAGAGUCUCAGAAUAGUGAACAAUCUGGAAUUACAAUGGGUGAGUCCUUAGACCAGAGUAUGGAGGAAGAAGAGGAGGAGGAUGAUACAGAUGACGACGACCAUUUAAUAUACCUCGAAGAGAUCCUUGUGCGGGUUCACACUGACUAUUACACAAAGUAUGAUAAAUACCUGAAAAAAGAGAUUGAGGAAAUUCCUGACAUCAGAAAAAUAGUACCAGAACUGAAAAGUAAAGUGUUGGCAGAUGUAACCAUAAUAUUUAGUGGACUCUACCCAACAAACUUCCCUAUUGAGAAAACACGGGAACACUAUCAUGCCACAGCACUUGGAGCUAAAAUUGUGAAGAAUCUAGUACUGAGUGCUGAUGAUCCUGACAAAGCAACGCAUCUCAUUGCAGCAAGGACAGGCACAGAAAAAGUACGGCAAGCUCAGGACUGCAAGGACCUCCAUGUUGUAAACCCAGACUGGCUGUGGAGCUGCCUGGAGCGCUGGGACAAGACAGAGGAAGUCAGAGGGCCAUUAAGAAUAGCUCACUUAAAUUUCUAAAGCAACUUUUUCUGUACUUCAUCCCACAGAGAGAAUAGCCCUGCCACGUUUCCUGAUACUCACAGCACAUUUCAGACAGCUCUGUUUCACCCAACACCCAUCCAUCCAAAGUCCCAACCUGGUCCUGAAGUUCGACUUUAUGAUCCUAACACUGGAAAGCUAAUCAGGAAAGGCGCUCAGACCUCUGGCCAGUCGAUGUACAUCCAGUCUCCAGCUCCUCCCAUCACCUUACCAGUCCACGGUGAACACUCAUCCUUCAGAGUUGUUCAACCACAUCAGCAGCAGAUGUUUGAAGAAGACCUACCAGUGAGUGAAAAUGAUGAGCAGCCUGGUCCAUCCAAGCGGAAACGCCAGCCGAGUAUGUCUGAGACAAUGCCCCUGUACACCCUAUGUAAAGAGGAUUUAGAGAGUAUGGAUAAAGAGGUGGACGACAUCUUAGGAGAAGGCAGUGAUGAAAGUGAUAGCGAAAAAAAAAAGCCAGAAGAAGAAGGUGAGAAACCUCAGAUUAGUGCAACAGAGACUCUAGGAAUGAAAACAGAUCAGAGACCUGGAUCAUCAUCGUCAUCAUCUUCAUCGUCAAGUGAAAGAAGUUUAACAGGCCGUGUGCCCAGGGGUCAAAAGCGCAAACUGGAUGAAGAUGAUGCUGCCAGUGAAUCCAGUAAAGAAUCUAGCAAUGAAGAUGAGGAAGGAAGCAGUUCUGAAGCAGAUGAAAUGGCAGCAGCACUUGAAGCUGAAUUGAAUGACUUCAUGUGACAUUCAUGCCGAAGAUGGAAUUUGUAAUUAUAUUUUACUUGUCAUAAACAGAUGAUUGGACUUCAGAUGAAUCCCUUAUGUCAGUACUCAAUGUUUUUCCAAAAUGUGUGUGUAUAUUUUGCAAAGCAGAACGAGAGGUGACACAUUAUUUUACAAAAUCGGAAAUAGAUGUUUUUAAGGUGUUUUACUAAAGGAAAAUAUACUUUUUUAAACAAAAAAAGUAUUAAAUGGGACUUGGUGUGCUAUGCCAAAGACAUGCUAGGAGCUCUGCAGAACCUUCAUAUACGGAACAGUGAUACAAAGAUUUGUGAUUAAACAAACAGCAACUUUUUUAAAAUACUGCAGUCUGGUUUAUGGGUAAUGGUCUUCACAAAAAAGAAGGAGCUGAAGGAGAUUGGAUUGUCUGGGUAGUACAGCAGGAACCUGAUGAACUCAUCAUCCUUUUCCACAAAUAAAUGCUAUCAAAUAUAAAAGGAUUUUUAAAAUAAAAAAGAACGAUUUAUAUUUGUAUAGAAACAGAGAACGUGAUAUGCAAGCUUUGUGAACUCUGCACUUGACCCACCUGUCAUUUGCUUCUAAGAGAAUACAUAAUGAUCAAAACUCAUGUUCUUAAGUUACUUUGUGGAAUAGUUGGGUUCUUUAGGGACAUCAUUUAGAUUUUUAACUUUUCUUCUCUGUAACCGGAACUUUAGUACAGCAUACUGUGUGAUCCUGUACUGCCAUAAGAAACAUACUCACCCAUUCGUGUUGUCUUGGAAAGAACGAGUGCUACUUCAGUCUAGAUAGGAUUUAAUUUCUUUGACAAGAGAUCCGAUGUAAAGUUUUUGUAUAUUCUAUUUCAUAUUUGACCCACAAAACAGAUUUUCUUUCAUUUAAUAAAAAUUCAUUUUGU